AUGUCACGAAAACCCGCGGAUGUGGCGUCAAAAACGCCAAACGAGUACAUUCCGUCCUUCAUCUCGAAGAAGCCAUUCUACGUCGAUGACGAUACAAACAAUGAUUAUCUAGAGCAUCAACGUCUACAGAAGGCCACUCCCGAUCAGUCAAAAUGGUAUGAUCGGGGAAAGCGUGCGGGCCCAGCAGCAACCAAAUACCGCAAAGGCGCAUGCGAAAACUGUGGCGCGAUGACACACAAAACCAAAGAGUGUUUGAGUCGACCUCGAAAGCAUGGUGCCAAAUGGACUGGCAAAGAUAUCCAAGCGGAUGAACUUGUUCAGAAGGUCGAUAUGGGGUGGGAUGCGAAAAGAGAUCGUUGGAACGGCUACGAUGCAAGCGAAUAUCGCCAGGUUGUGGAUGAAUAUGAAGAAAUGGAGGCCCUCAAACGACAGGCAAAAGAGAAUUCAAAUCUCAAGAAACUUCAAGCUGAUGAAGAUGGAGACGAGGCUCCCGAUUCGGAUAUCCGCUACGCCGAAGAAUCUGAUAUGGGACGACAACAGAGCACAGCAACCCGCAAUUUACGUAUUCGAGAAGACACCGCGAAAUAUCUCCUCAAUUUGGACCUUGAUUCGGCCAAAUAUGACCCCAAAACACGACGAAUGGUUGAUAUGGGCGCGCAGGAUGAUCAGGCCGCUGCACUCGUCGCCGAGGAAAACUUCGUCCGUGCUUCUGGUGACGCUGCGGAGUUCGAGAAAGCCCAGCAAUAUGCAUGGGAAUCUCAAGAGAAGGGUCUCCCCCAACUUCAUAUCCAAGCCAAUCCCACAUCUGGAGAAGUUCUCAGAAAGAAGGAGAAGGAGGAUACUGAGGCCAAGCGCCAAGCGCAUCGCAAGGCUCUUCUAGAAAAGUACGGCGGUGGAGAACAUUCGCAACCUAGUGCGCUACGAGAAACUAUGGUUGUUGAAAACGAGCGGUUCGUCGAAUAUGACGAGAGCGGUGCCAUCAAGGGCGCGCCCAAGAAGGCGACCAAAUCUAAGUACCCCGAAGACGUGAUGGUCAACAAUCACUCUUCGGUCUUUGGCAGCUGGUGGUAUGAAUUCAAGUGGGGAUAUUCAUGCUGUUAUUCCACGGUGAAGAACAGCUACUGCACAGGAGAAGACGGGAAGAAGUCUUUCGAAGAAGCAGGCAAUAUGUUGUUGUUGACUGGGUUUGGUGACAGCAAUGUGGAUGUCUCCGAAAAUUCUGAAAGUGCGCCCCACGAAUCUGCGCAAGCCAGCAGCAAGGACCAGGAGCAAGAUCCAAGUACCAGUGGAAAAAAGCGCACAUUGGAGGAACUGAAGUCUGGCGUCACGGAGGAAGAACUUGACUCAUACAAGCGAAGCCGGCUGGCUGCUGAAGAUCCUAUGGCGAACUUCAUAGGGAAAGAUUGA